AUGUACUUGGUGCUCAUCAGCAGCUUGUACCAAGCUGCCCAGACUGCAGAGGGCGAUGACAUGAUGACAUCGAUGCAGUCUGCAGGAUUUGGAGAUAAACUUGAUAGGAAGGCAUAUUAUGGAUUCAUCAAGAUUUUAUGCGGGAUUGAGUGGGUUGAGCAUGCUGUCAAGCCGUCAAGGUAUUCCGGGCAUGCUCCUGGAGUAAAAUCAUAUAGCUUGUUCAUUGAGAAGCUGGCUAGGCACAAUUUAGGGGAUCAUUCCAAUGCACUGUUCAGGGAGUCAGUUGCACGUGGUGUACAUGUGGCACAAGGAGAGUAUAAUAUUGACAAAAGGUAUGUCAAGGUAAAGAAGGAGAGUAAGGUGAAGAAGAGGUUGACUUUGCCAAAGAAGAUGAGAUUGAAGAGCAAGAGGUUAUACAAGCACAGAAUGAGCUUUGUCAAGAAGCCCAAUCGUCGAAUGCUCCGUGCUUAA